AAUCAAGGUUAAAUUUGACAAUUCGAGUUCACCGUGUUGACCGCUGUGUUACGUUUAUUUAAAUUAAUAAUAAGAAUUCUGCUUUACUUUAAAUUUAAAUAUACAGAAUAUAAUGGCGCUAAACAAACUUAGUAUUGACGCUAUUAAUUUAAGUGGCAAAAGAGUACUGAUUAGAGUAGACUUCAAUGUACCGCUAAAAGAAGGUGUGAUUACGAAUAACCAACGCAUAGUCGCUGCGUUGGACUCCGUUAAAUAUGCCUUGGAUAAAGGUGCCAAAUCUCUUGUUCUCAUGUCACAUCUUGGUCGACCAGACGGGCAAACAAAUCUUAAAUAUACUCUAAAGCCGGUCGCAGAGGAACUGAAGAAGCUACUAAAUAGGGAUAUUACUUUCCUACCUGAUUGUAUAGGGCCUGAAGUGGAGGGUGCAUGUGCUGAUCCCCCAGUCGGAUCAAUUAUUCUAUUAGAGAAUCUCCGAUUUCAUAUUGAAGAAGAAGGCAAAGGAGUUGACACUAAUGGAUCAAAGGUUAAAGCCGACCCUGCAAAAGUUAAAGAAUUCAGAGCCAGCCUUAGAAAGCUUGGUGAUGUUUACAUCAAUGAUGCUUUUGGUACUGCACACAGAGCUCACAGUUCAAUGAUGGGAGAAGGAUUUGACCAAAGAGCCAGCGGUUUCUUGCUAAAGAAGGAGUUGCAGUACUUUGCCAAAGCUCUUCAUGAACCUGAAAGGCCUUUCCUUGCAAUACUUGGUGGUGCUAAGGUGGCAGAUAAAAUUUUGCUAAUAGAAAAUUUGCUGGACAAAGUUCAUGAGAUGAUCAUUGGUGGUGGUAUGGCUUAUACAUUCCUCAAGGAAACCAAGGGUAUGGCGAUUGGCAACUCUUUAUAUGAUGGAGAAGGUGCUAAAAUUGUAGCUAAACUAUUGGAGAAGGCUGCUAAAAAUAAUGUGAAAGUACACCUUCCUGUGGACUUUGUCACUGCUGACAAAUUCGAUGAAAAUGCUCAGGUUGGAUCUGCGACCAUCGAGAGUGGCAUUCCAGAUGGAUGGAUAGGAUUGGAUGUUGGUCCUAAGUCAAGGCAACUCUUUGCUGAACCAAUUGCAAGAGCUAGAGUCAUCGUAUGGAAUGGCCCCGCUGGAGUAUUUGAAUUUGAAAAGUUUGCGGGUGGCACCAAGGCCCUCAUGGACGACGUUGUAAAUGCAACUAGCAAAGGAACUGUCACUAUUAUUGGUGGUGGUGACACCGCUACUUGCUGCGCCAAAUGGGGUACUGAGGACAAGGUCUCUCACGUGUCAACUGGAGGUGGUGCGUCACUCGAACUUCUUGAAGGUAAAGUGCUACCCGGCGUAGCGGCUCUCUCCGACGCAUAAAUUACAAGAAACAAGAAAUGAAAUAACAAAUAUAUUUUUACUUAAUCAUAAUACAUUUUAAGGCAUAAUAAAAUGUGGUGCAUUAAACAAUAAAUUGUUUACAAGUGAAAAAACAAAUGAAUGUAUAUUAGGACCUAUAUGUAGUGUAUGAAUUAUGUAGAGUGAUUAGAUAUUUGUACAUUAUGUAAGCACCAAUGAAAUAUAUAUUGUAAAUUAUACAUACAUCAAUUGAUUCUUUUUUCCGUUUGUUUACAAAAUGUUAAUUAAAUU